GUAUAAAGUCUUCAGCAAUUUAUCCGGUACAAAUUCGACGGCAAAAGAUGGCGCGCAUUUGUCAAGUUUGGGACAUUUUCUUGGCGAUAGUUUGUGUGCAGUGUUUUCACCGUGGCGCUUCCAAUCAAGUUACAGCACCGAUUGUAGGCCUAGCAGCUACCAGUACCGCAGUAAUAGAGGAAUUGAUCGAUGAGACAAACAGCCAACAGAACGCCCCUGAGAAGGGACCGAGCCAGGUUGACAGCAGCAACGUGACAGAAGCCAUGCAAGAAUCAGUUAAUGCGCAGGAAAUAAGCAGUACCAAUGAUGGCGAACAGUCGGAACUGGCCGAGAAAGAAAACAUCGAACUGUAUCCCACAGAGGCGGCUCGCAACCCGGAGAUAGCAAACACUGGGGUCCAGGUGGGAAAUGGGGAGACACGCGUGUGUCCUCAAGGUUGGUUGACAAGCGUUCUGUGGAUCAUACAGAUGGGGGUAUCUAUGGGUUCACCGUAUAUCUCUACCGUUGUCACAGGAUAAAACCCCAGCAUUUGAACACCAAUUCCUGGAGAGAAAUGUUGGUAUUGCUGUAGUUAAUUAUGAUACCGUCAGUUCUAUUUUAAGUUCUAUUGAGUGUUGUUUACAUUGACAAGUAUCGCUCGAUAACAAGCGAAGCGUUUAAAUCACAUUUCAGGCCGUCACCCGGUAAAACAAUAUCCACGUCAAAUUCCCCAAAAUCAGCUUCAGCAUGAAACCUAAUCCAGUUGGCGAGUCUUACUCUUGAUCAUUGACACUACACUGAAACCACUGACCGCGAAAAUGAUCUAAAUUAUAUCCUUGUUUUCAAUGAGCGAUUUUGUCAAUUUAGAUAAAAGCGCUAAUAAAAGGAAAAGAAGUUCCGGUUGUAGAAAGUUAACAAUGAGAAUAUUGCCAUAAUACGCCUACGUAUACCUAAAAGAGUAAACUAGAAAGUCAUUGGUAUUGUGCCUCAAGUAACAUCAGCCGUUUAUCAUUGUGUUUCGUUUGUCACCUUGCGUUGUAAGAGUAGUUGUAAUUACGAGGGUGCGUGUUGAUCCGAGGUAGAGAAUAUAACUGUCUGCAUGCGCAUGUCCAAACGGGAUCGUGAAUAGUCAGUAGGCUACUAACAUACGCGUA